GAGUACAUUGCCAUUGCUAAAGAGAAGCAUGGGUACAACAUGGAACAGGCUCUUGGGAUGCUUUUUUGGCAUAAGCAUAAUAUUGAAAAAUCUUUGGCUGAUUUGCCCAACUUUACCCCAUUCCCAGAUGAGUGGACUGUGGAAGAUAAAGUCUUGUUUGAGCAAGCCUUUAGUUUUCAUGGGAAAACUUUUCAUAGAAUCCAACAAAUGCUUCCUGAUAAAUCUAUUGCAAGUCUGGUGAAAUUUUACUACUCUUGGAAAAAGACAAGGACUAAAACCAGUGUUAUGGAUCGCCAUGCUCGGAAGCAGAAGCGGGAGCGUGAGGAAAGUGAGGAUGAACUGGAAGAAACAAAUGGAAAUAACCCCAUUGACAUUGAGGUUGAUCAAAACAAGGAAAGCAAAAAGGAGGUCCCCCCAGCUGAGACAGUUCCUCAGGUCAAAAAAGAAAAACAUAGCACACAGGCUAAAAAUAGAGCGAAAAGGAAACCUCCAAAAGGAAUGUUUCUUUCUCAAGAAGAUGUGGAGGCUGUUUCUGCCAAUGCCACUGCUGCUACCACGGUGCUGAGACAGCUGGAUAUGGAGCUGGUUUCACUCAAGCGCCAGAUUCAGAAUAUUAAACAGACAAACAGUGCUCUCAAAGAAAAACUUGAUGGUGGAAUAGAACCGUACCGACUUCCGGAGAUGGUUCAGAAAUUUAAUGCACGUUGGACCACAGAAGAGCAGCUUCUCGCCGUACAAGCCAUCAGGAAAUAUGGCCGAGAUUUUCAGGCAAUCUCAGAUGUGAUUGGGAACAAAUCAGUGGUACAAGUGAAAAACUUUUUUGUAAAUUAUCGACGGCGCUUCAACAUAGAUGAAGUUUUACAAGAAUGGGAGGCAGAACAUGGCAAAGAAGAGACCAAUGGGCCCAGUAACCAGAAACCUGUAAAGUCCCCGGAUAAUUCUAUUAAGAUGCCUGAAGAGGAAGACGAGGCUGCUUCUGUUCUCGACGUCAGAUAUACGGCCGCCUCCUGAGGAGCACUGGCCGCUCGGACACUUGGUGUGGACUAUGGUGUUGUCCAGGAUAUCAGGUAUUACCAGACAUCUCCUAGCCAUCUGCAUCACAUCUCUGUGGACAAGCAGCUACUACCAAAAAAAGGCAUCUACUUCCAGUCCUGUGCUGCACCUGCCUUAAUUCUUCGCUCGUUCCUCCACGUUGGCGCCACUUCCCAGAGCGCCCCAUCGCACCUUUCCCGCUCUGCCCGAGUGCUGGGAGAUCUCACGGCCCGUGCACCUCCCGGGACUCUGGGAGCUGUCUCCCCAGUCGGAGCCCCCCCCCACGGCAGCUCCUCCCAGUCCACAGCUUCGGAACAGGGAGCCGGCUAGGAAGGCUCAGCGCUCUUCCCGCAUGGCCUGCAGUUUCUUUGUGCAUAAUGUAAUUUUCAGACUAACUGUGACC